AAUAAUACAACUCAGCUUUGUUCAAAGUUUACCCUCAUGAAACAGCAGUUCUUCUAUUACCAAGUAUUAUACAAUGAUAAACCAAAUAACCCAUAUAUUUGGCCGAAUACACUCUUUGGGCAAAAGAUUAGGCUAAUAAUCUCAAUUGUAGCGAUUAUUAUAGUGGAACCAGCUAUUUAUAAGGGAUCUAGCUGUUACGGCGGAACAGAUCGUAACAAUACAUCAUGAAAAGAAGUCUUACUCUAAUUAAACCUGUUCGAAUAUUUUAUAUCCAAAGCUAAGCAUUUCC